AUGGCUGAUGACGGGAAACCGGCGCUUCCACCGUAUCCCGAGGUAAGCUCUCAGGGCUGGAUUCUCGGGAGCAAGGUCUUCCAUCUCAAUUUCGUGCCGGUUCCACUCGGUGUUCGGAUUUUUCGCGGUAGAGGGGGAAGUGGAUGUGGAGGUUUCUGCAUCAUUCGUCCUCGCAUCCGAUCGGGUUGUUCGGAUUUGAUGUGGAAGAAACUGUUUGAUUUUUUCUUUUUUGGAUUGUCGCUUUCCUUUGGUGUUAUUCUUAUCGAGGAAUCGCGUGUUUUCUACUCUAUGUUUUUCUUUACUCGAUGAAACAAGGAUGCAUUUGCGCGGUGAUUAAUUAUCCCAUCAUCUGGAGGAAGCUGAAAUUCCAAAUAGCUGAGCUUGCCGCGGUUAAGAUCUCAUCUAGAAUAAUUAAUUCGAAGAUAGUCGUCGGGCAUUUUGGAUAACACCCGCUGUAGAAGAUUAAUUUAUUCUCUUAGAAAUAAGCGAGAAGUCCGCUUCUCACAGUAUUGUUGCAUGAUGAUAUCCAUAGAAGGACGAUUACACGAGUAUGUCCCUAUUUAUAUUAUUUGAUGAAUUUGAUGUUCGAGCAGAUGAUAUUCACGGCGAUCGACACGCUGAACGACAAGAACGGAUCGAGCAAGGCGAAGAUCUCCAAGUUCAUCGAAUCAAAACACGGCGACCUCCCCACCGGCCACUCCAUGCUGCUCUCCCACCACCUGAACAAGAUGAAGGACGCCGGCGAGCUCGUCUUCUCAAAGAACAACUACAUGCGCCCCGAUCCCAACUCCCCUCCGAAGCGCGGCCGCGGCCGCCCUCCCAAGCCCAAGGAGCCCCUCCCCGCCGGCUACGUUCCUCCGCCGCCGAGGCCUCGCGGCCGCCCUCCCAAGCCCAAGGACCCUCUCGCCGUCGCCGCCGCGAAGGCGGCGGAGGGGCUGCCCAAGCGGCGGGGUCGUCCGCCGAAGAAGGCCGCCCGCGCUGCUGCUCCGCCGCCCGCCGGUGCAAAGCGCGGCCGCGGCCGGCCGCCCAAGGUGAAACCCGCGGUGGCUGCUGUCGGAGCUUGA